GGAAAGAGUGGGCAUUAUGAGUUUGACGAAUCAUAGAAUUUCAUAUUGGUAGCGUAUAGAGGGAGGGUGGAGGAUGAGUCAAAUUGGGCGAAGGAACGAAGGUUUGAGAGAGACAGAAAUGGCGAAUCGAACGAUCAACUGCAAGACAGAAGUAGGCAAACCCUUUGUAGCUCUGAUUUGCGGUUCAUUGAUUUAUUACCAUUGCGCCUAUCGAAAUUCCAGUCUCCUCUCCCUUGUUGCUGAUGUUUUCAUCGUUCUCCUUUGCUCUCUCGCCAUUCUCGGCCUUCUCUUCCGCCAUAUGAAUGUCUCGGUACCAGUGGACCCUCUUGAGUGGCAAAUAUCGCAGGAUACUGCUAAUUCUAUGGUUGCUUGGUUAGCCAAUACUAUAGGUGCGGCUGAGUCUGUUCUGAGGGUGGCAGCAACAGGGCAUGAUAAGAGGCUUUUUGUGAAGGUUGUUGUUUGCCUUUACGCUCUCUCGGUGCUUGGAAGAUUGGUCUCAGGUGUUACAGUUGCCUACACUGGUUUAUGCAUGUUGUGUAUAUACAUGGUGUUGGAGAAUUCUGAGUCAAUUAGUGCUUCUAUUUCUCCUUUCAUAAGGAGAGGAAACGACCCUACUUCACAUCAAGAUGCCAUCUGAUCUUCACUGGCUGUAACACUGUUUUCUCACUGUAGAUGGAUUCAUCUGUGAAUAUUACCGUUAACAAAAUCAGGCAAUUAUUAUGAUUGUUUAGGUGGAUUUAUAAAUUUAUUUGAUGGAAAUAUAAUUUUAGGAGUCACUGUUGAUUACUGGUUGACCAUUGUGAGUAUUUUUUUUUGUGAAGUUGAGUUGAGUGGUAUGAAAAAGAUUUUUUUUGCCAGGACA